AUGUUUUCAGCCCACGAUAUUGUUCAUAUGGCUAAAUGUACCAAGGAAGCUAAAAAGUGCCCUCAACAUGGUGAACAUUUUAUAAUGUUUUCUCCACUACAGAAUGCAAUGUUAUGUGUAAAUUGUUUCCGCGAAUUGCCUAAUGAAAUGCGAGCGCAAUGUGUUGAUAUUGAUACAGCACAUGCUCAAGCUGCCAAACGUCUAGAAAGAGGACAGAACGCUAUUAUGGACCUUCAGACAUCGGUGAGAGAUGGUAUAAUAGCUUUAAAAGGUUUAAUGGAUGAGCUACGUAGAAACAUGGACAGCGAGAAGCACACAAUAAACACCUUUUGUCAAGGUAUGCAAGAAGCAAUGGCGAAGACUCAUGCUACGAUGAUCAUGGAAGUUCAACGUCAGUACGAAAGCAAAGAGAGGAUUUACCGAAGUCAACUAGUUAUUUUAGGCACCGUAAUGCCUGUCCUUCAGUUACACCUGGUUUUAUGCACCACCUUUACAGCCGCUGCCAAUAAAUAUCAGUUCUUGGAAUUAUGUCCGUCGCUUAUUGAAAGACUUUCUGCAGUAGGAAAUUUGAGUCAACCUGUUAGAUCAUUGCAAUCUUCGCAAAUAAAAACCAAUUAUAGAAGCGAAUUCGCUCAAAGUCUUGAACCAUGGAUUGGUCCGGCUGCUGUCAGUCAGCACCAGUCUGAGUUAGCCGCAAAUUUUUUUUUAGCUUCCAGAAUGUACGACAGCGUACCGCCAGCAACGAAGAAACAACAAACUGCCCUUAAAAACAAGCUCUUAGAAAGCGACAGCUCGUUUUCGACUCAUUGUCGAUCUUUCGAAUCUCAAAUUAGAGAACUCAACCAGCAAUUUAACACAAUUAAAGAAAAGGUCGGAGACUUGCAUAAAGAUAUUAUUGCUCUGAAGAAGGCGCAAACCCCACCGUUGUCUACUCGUUACGAACUCCUUAUAAGAGAGUGUUUACAUCUUGAUCAAAGUUUAGAGAGACAACAGAAAGAUCUUGACAGAAUGGCUGCCGCUUUUGACGCCUCAUGGGAAGAACAGCUGUGGAGAUUAAGAGUAGAACAAGAAGUGUUUAGCUGUCAAAGGGCCGAUGUCAACACUUUGAGAAACGAAUUAAAGCACCUUAGCCAGGUGGCUACCCAGUUAGAACCAUUCAUUAGAACUUUAACUCCUGCUCAACAAGCUCAAGCACAAAGCGAACAAAGCCAAAGUGAACAAGCACAACAUUUAGCAAAUAUUUUAGAACACAUUGGUAUCUUACAACAGUCUGACCCUUCCAUGGGCAAAAUUCCUCGAUCUCGCAGCAGAGUACUCGGUCAAUUAUUUGAAAAAGUCCGUCCUAACAUACAAGAAAGGGAACGAAGUAAAUCCUCAGGACAGUGUGACAAACCUGUAGUUCCAUCUCAAAAGGCCACCCCCAAAAAAGCUUUCAUGGCAGGCCAACAGAUGAACAUUGAUAGAUUAGAAGCCCAAAUUAAAGAAAAAAUACACGACAUCAUUAGUCGAAGACAGAGUCAGCCAAGUUCAAAGUCUGAUACAGAGACUGACAGGAAAUUAUCUAAAGAUGAUCGAAAAAUGAGCAGUACUGAUUUAGGAUCCAUUGGUAAAUUAAAUCAGAAACAAAGGAUAAUGUACAAGAAAAUAGGAAAGAGUUGCGAUAAGAUCAGUCCCGGUAGUAAAUCAGACAGUGAAACCAGAAAAAGGGAAUCUGAGUAUCAAAGAAUUUCCGAUGCUACAUCGCAAAAUUUGAAGACGAGAUCCAGUCCCAGUAGUCCGAAAUGUAAAAAUAAGGGUGUCAUGCCUCCAAAACAACAAAAAAAGAAGGUAUAUCCAUACAGCGACGGCGAAGACAACGUAUUCUACUCCAUGCACGAUUCGGCCGACUCUCUGAGCACGUCCAGCAGACGAUCCAGUUUCGAUGGUCCCGACAAGACCCUGGUCGUCGUCAUUAACAGACGAAACAAGAACAUGUCCAUGGCGCAGAAGCAGAGAAGCUGGGAAACGUUCCCGCCUAAACGCAAACAUCACGUUUGCCAUCAAAAAUUGUCAAUGCCCACUCCUCCGAUGGCGCCAAUCAGGAAAGCUGAUAGUUUUGAAGGACACGAAGAAGCCGUUAAGAGCCUCGUCGCGGCCGUCCAGGAAACUAGAAGGAAACCCAGAGGUGGGAAUUAA